UAAUAUAUAGCUUAUACACUAAAGCGUAACAUUAUCAAUACGUUAACACUGUUUAAAAGCCAGGUGAAUGUGAUAUAUCACAAAAACGAAAACAUCUAUUAUGGAAUAUUUGCACUGAGUUGGGAUUAUACAUUUUGUUUGUAUUCUCGUCGAAAUUCCCUACUGAAGGGAGAAUAGACUGAAAAAACGCGACAGGAAAAUCUUCGACAGCCGAGCGUCAUCGACGGAGAAUGUCUGGCGGCGGCGUUUUGCAGCAUUUAAUGGCGGAACAGUCGUAUUGUCGCGCGCAUGGGAACAAAAACAAUGGUAACGCGCUGAAUCAUGAGGCUCCUAACGGAACUAGUCCAGCACGGGGUGGUGGAAAUUCACCUUUAACAAAAACCAAACAGCAAGUACCCCAGUACGCGAAAACCCCACCAAGAAGAGCGUUGAGCGACGAAUCACCAGUGAUAGAACUACCACAGGCACAUCCUUUCUUAAACCCAAGCUCACGGUCUGCGGAAUCAGUUUCCCCGCACAUAUCAAAUAUAAAUUACCCUUCUCCCCAUCCUCCCGCUCCACGAACGGCACUACCAAGUGCGUCGGGAUUGAUAUCCCGUUUACGUAAGGAGUUUUCGAAUAAACCAGUAGUGCCAUCACAAUUGCCGGUUAAUAAACUCGGUUCGAACGAACUGACCUCGGAGAUAUCAAAAAAUGAAGACGGACAUCAAAUAUUGACGCCGGCAUCUACAAGCUUUGUUCGCGCCAAUUUUCCCUCGCCUGCUUCAUCAAAGCAGCAGUUAUACGGUCACCCAAAAUCAAACAGUGCUGGUGAGGAAUUUUUGUAUACAGAUCGUAAGGCUAAAUUAGCCGCUAAUAAAGCUGGAAGGAGACGAGGCAAAAACGCUGCUUCUAUAAUGAGAUCACGGUCUCUUCAUUACGCUGAUGAGGCAACCACACAGCAUGUUUUUCAAAGACGGGCGACCACGGAUCUGGGAUUAGGACCGGACUCUUUUCAAGUUAUUGGUGCACCCAGAAAGAGGAGCGAUGCCAGCACCUUGAGUAGCAGCUCUUUGGCAUCUGACAAACCUGGAUCUCUAUCACAUAGUUCAUCAGCAGGAGAUAAUAAUUAUUUUCAGAUUUCGUUAAACGAAGACAAUAGGAAAAAGGAUAUAUCACAGCUUAAUGUAUCUAACUCAAAUCUGGGUGAAAUAGGAAACAUUAUUAAUACACAACAACAGCAGUAUCCACAGUCACACCAUAACGUGCCUCAUUUAUCAAGCAUGGUAUUGACGCCAUCUGGAAUGGGAGGAUUACCGCAACAAACUAUGACACAAGGAAACAAUCCACACGGACCAUACUACGCUACGGUACCGACUAACCCUAUCGGACACCAUCAGAUGUCUCAAAGACACUCACCGCCUCCUCAUCCACAAGUUCCUUCACAAAUGGCCAAAAUUACACAAGCAGCGGGUCAACCGAGGGGACCGCCGCCACCUUAUCCACAAGGUAGUGUUGACGACACUCAUCAACCACAGCGGCCGAAUUCUCUAUCUUUGACUGGACAAGUUAGUCGAAAGAAAAUGGAGUAUGGGGGCUCACAAAAAGGCACAGUUGGUGGUUUGACUUCGCCCGCAAUUUCAACAAAUGCUCAUAUGACAAACUUCUCUUCGUAUCCGAUGUCGGCUGGGACGCCAAUUCACGGGACUCCGUUUUUCGGUUUCACACAUGAAAUGUCGAUACCCACAGCCACAACAUCAACUACGAAUAGCGGUAACAACGCAGCUUUACAGGUUUAUUCCGAAGCUCCCCAACAACAUCACCAACCGCAAUUUAAAAGAAGUGGAAGCGCUAACGGGUAUGUGGCAGCACCACCCCAACACGCAGACAUUCAGGCCUUCGCCGGUAAUGGGACUGUAAAUACUAAUGUAAUUGGGACGCCUGUCUCGAUCCAGCAACAAACACAGCCACCCGUACGAUAUGAAGCAGCAAGGCGAGAUGUUAUGGCUUCAUCACAAAUACAUCAUCAGCAUUCGAACAUGACUCCGCAAAAACAACAACAAUCUACCUCUCCCACUGGAACGGGAAAGUCUAGCGGAUACUCAAUCGGAAAGAGUGAUAGCGUUAACAGCAAUGCCAGCACAUCUUCUGGUGGUAGUCGGAUUGCAAGACGCGCUAAAAGAAACAGCAAAAAUUUCAGUAAUACAAGCGGAAGCAGUAGCAGCACGGGAAAUAGUAGACCCAACAGCAGUGCCGACUGUCUGGAACGAAUCAUGUCUGAAAAUGACAGCUUGAGGUUACAACUUCAAACAGCGACACAAAAAUUAAUAAAGUUCCAAACGGUUGAAAAAGAUCUUCUGCGUGUAACUGAAGAAUAUGAAGCUCUCCGCACCUCUGUUGCAAAAAGUGAAAAAAUGGAAGAUGCAUUGAGAAAUCAAUUGGAAGCUACAAUCAAACAAACGAACCAAGAAAACGAAAUAUUACGAGAACGCAUCGCUACUCUGACAGAACUGGUAGAAACCUUGCAAUCAACUAACAAAGACGCACAGUCCGCUUCGUCAAGCGAUAUAAUGAUGUAUAAGGUCAUAGUGCAAGAUCUACAAACACAAGAACGAAUCCUAAAAGAACAAUUAGACGAAUCUAAAGAUAGAAUUUUAGAACAACAGGAGGAUAUAUCAUUACUGUCUUCUUCAUUAGAACGGAUGCAAGCUAAUGUUUCAUCUUUGAAGGAAAAACUCUCAGAAAAACAGAAAGUCGAUCAGUAUGUUGAAGAAUUAUCUCCACUAUUAGAAAUGUUAUCAACGACUGUACAAGCGAGAAUACAAGCAGAAAGCGAAUUGGAUGAUUCCAUUGUCCAGACACAAUCGUCUCCAACCAGCGAAAUAACCAAUGGGAUGGAUUCAGAUGAAAACGCACCCGGUUCCCAUUCUCAUUCUCAGUCAUGUACGAGUCCGUCGUCUACUUCCACUUUAACUCGCGAGGAACAAACUAUAAAGACUCAAGCACAGAUUAUGUUAAAGUGGCAGCACAUGUAUCUUCAAGCCGCCCUCUUGCGUAAACUAUCUCCACCGAGUGAAACUACCUCGAACGGAAAUCUUUCUUUUGGAACUGCACCUCUAUACAGUGUUUUGUAUCGGCACAGACACGCAGCAUCUGACCCAAGUUACAACAAAGACGUUUUGCUUGAUCUCCCACCAGGACUCAAAACGCUUUUUGGGAGAGAUAUAGCCCCUAGACGAGAUCACAAACGAGACGGAGAAUCGAAAAGAAAACAACAAAAAUCACGAGAGAGAUCUUCCGCGGAAACACAGCAACAUAGAUCGUCUCCGAGAAGGCGACGCCGCGAAACGGCACCUACGUAUUCGGCAGAAAACGAAUUUUGUUCUCCCGAUAAUGACGUUCCAAAAUCUGCUCACAGAAACGCAGAAAUGGCCGAAAACUCUGAUGAAGCUUCGAAUAAUACUGAAUCUAGUAGGAGGCAUUCUGAUAAUACAGACUUGAAUAAUCCCGAAACCUCAGUUAACAAUGAAUUUGAUUCUCCGUCUGAGGGCUACCAUUCACAACAAUCAUCCGGUUCUCCUACGCCAUCAUCCGAACGAUCUUCCGUUCAUUUUCCGGACGGUGAUCCCCGCGUAACAGCAGCAUUGACACAGUCCGACAUCCCAACAUCUUCUAGUACAACGACCACAACCAAACAACAGCCCGACCCAACGACAUCAAAACAGUCAGCGACAAAUACUGAACUAUUUCUACUGGGUUCUGGUAAUGGUUCCGGAAAAACUGUUAAAGUUGUCGAUGUUUAGUCACAAGGUGAAUGUAACAGAACCUUAGGGCCAUACUUGGCCAUUUUAGUGGAUGCAACAAUUUAGGUUGAUUUAACAAUGAAUUAUCAUCCAUCAGAAAUGGUUUUAAAUUCUACUGCCUCAAACAAAUGUAAAAGUUGUAUUUGUAGGGACGGACAUAACUUGCUGCAAAGUCCGGUCAAAACCGAUCUGAAUUUAGCAUGGAUUACAAAUGAUCACCAUACUCUAAUGAACAAUUUUGAUCGAAUUUUAUGAACAGUAUUGCGAUUUUCAUUAUUUUGCCUCGCUUAUAUUUUCAUUUUAAUGUUUAUUUGUUAAUAACAAGGUGUACAAAUUAAUAACACUAUUUCAUUAAACCGCGAAUUUUAUUUCGCUUUUAUUUUACUUUAUUACGAUUGUAUUGAAUUUAUUGAAAAUUCACUUUAAUUUUGUUUUCAAAUUUAAAUGUUAUUACUGAGUUGAUUUCAAGAUUCUUAUUUAUUUUUCUAUGCAUAUUUUAUUGAAUAACAAUUAUAGGAUAUUGAUCUUUUAUAUUGGUCUGGCCCAGCCUUAAAUAACUUGUGGUUUACCACAAAUAUGACUAAAAUAUAUGGAUAUGCUAUGUAUUUAAACGGUUUUAAACACUAAAAUAAUCAAAUAGAACAAAAUCUAGACUAAAUUAUUAGAAUAUUUUGACAAAAUUUUGACAACCGAUUUUUUUUUUUAGUUUUGUAAGUCUUGAAAACACAUUCUUCUGUGAGUCAUAUAGUAGUUAUUUGAGGCUGGUGUUCAAUCUUCCACAUGUACGGGUAAAUAAUCACGUUUGAUUUCCUUCGUUUUUCAACAAUAAUAUAUGCCAGUAAAUGUACUAAGUUCACAUAGCACUGCAGUGAGCAAUAUCAGACACGAAAAUAAAUCCUGGUUUUUACGUCAUUCGGGUCUGAUGCUGUUAUUUUAAGAGCCAGAACAACACCAUAUUUGUUUUCUUGUCUGAAUAAAAAGUUCCAUCUUGUUUUCUCUUUUUUCUUUGAAAAUUAUUUUUUUCAUUAUAUCCAUAAACAUGCCACCGAUUUGGCUAAGUAUAUACGUAUUAUGCUAAUGUGAUUAUUGUUCGCCUUUUUGAUUGCCUAAUUGCAGAGGUGUUACGAUACGUCAUGCCCGAUGAAACAUAAAAAUGAUGAACUUUUUAUGAUAAAUUUGCUAUUGAUGUAAUCAAAAUGAUGUAAUUUCCAGAUAUAUUAAAGUGACGAAUCAGAAAUUUUUGCAAACCUUUGUAUUAGAAUUAUCCUGUAUCAACUUUCCUAGUUGGGGUUUGUGGAAAAUAACGGUCAAUUACACUUGCCUAUCGUCCUUGCCCUUUUUGUUGCGCCAGUCUUUUAGUUUUAUCGUUUUUUCGGUAUUCUAUAUGCGGUACUUUUUGCUACGAUUCCGGAAAAGUGUUAUGUACAAAAUUUAAAUUAUUUUCUAUUUAGCUUUUUUCGUGCGUUGUGUGUUUUUUGCCUUGACCUCAAAUACACUUCUUACAACAAUGGAGAUACUUUACAAUAUUGUAGUUUAUUAUCACCAGCUUCUAUGAUUGGUUUUCAACGUUUUCAGAUCGCAAUUUCAUGUUUAUUCAUUUUAUAUGUCCGUCUUUGCCAUGGCGAUCAUUUAUUAUUUUCAUUCUGUUUUUCGAUGUUUUUUUUUUUAUUAUUUGUUGGCGCAGAAGUGCAUUUUGUUUAUUUAUUUCCGUACGCUAACGAUUCAAACGAAAAAAAAACAAUAAA